AGGGUAUCGCCGUUCCAGGACAGAACGGUGUGGGCGGCAUCAUCUCUCCAGCCUCUCGUCAUGAGGCCUCACGCCGCCGCCCCUCCCAGGCACAAAAUGGCCGCCGCGGCGUGAGGGCGUGGUAGCGGAGCGGAGGGGUGGGGCGGGAACUAUCGCGAGAGUUCGAGCUUAUCGCCCUAUCUCCUCUCGUGGGCGGUGCCGAGAUCUCGCGAGAGCUCGAGCUAGAAUCGGGGGGAGCAUCAUGGCGGCGGCAUUGACGGCAGCUCGACGGCGCCUGGUGCGGGCCGCGCUACGGCCGCAUGCGGUGUGGAUUGCACAGGCCGGGAUUUCCCAUGAUGCUCAACGCAGCAUCCCCCCCCCCGCCAAGUACGGCGGGCGCCACACGGUGACGCUGAUCCCGGGCGAUGGCAUCGGGCCCGAGCUGAUGCUGCACGUCAAGGAGGUGUUCAGGCACGCCUGUGUCCCCGUGGAUUUCGAGGAGGUGCGCGUGGGCUCGGAGGCACCCGAGGCCGACGUGCAGAACGCGAUCACGGCGAUCCGGCGCAACGGCGUGGCGCUCAAGGGGAACAUCGAGACCAAUCACAACCUGCCCCCGAACCACAAAUCCAGGAACAACCUCAUCAGGACCAGCCUGGAUCUCUACGCCAACGUCAUUCACUGCCAGAGCCUGCCCGGGGUGGAGACGCGGCACCGGGACAUCGACAUCCUGAUCGUCAGGGAGAACACCGAGGGGGAGUACAGCAGCCUGGAGCACGAGAGCGUGGCAGGGGUGGUGGAGAGCCUGAAGAUCAUCACUGCCGGCCGCUCGCGCCGCAUCGCUCACUACGCCUUCGGGCUGGCGCGCGCGGCCGCGCGGCGCAGCGUCACCGCCGUGCACAAGGCCAACAUCAUGAAGCUGGGGGACGGGCUGUUCCUGCAGUGCUGCCAGGAGGUGGCUGCCGAGUACCCCGAGAUCACGUUCCGCAGCAUGAUCGUGGACAACACCACCAUGCAGCUGGUGUCCCGGCCCCAGCAGUUCGAUGUGAUGGUGAUGCCCAAUCUCUACGGGAACAUCGUCAACAACGUCUGCGCCGGGCUGGUGGGGGGCCCGGGGCUGGUGCCCGGCGCCAACUACGGACACGACUACGCCGUGUUCGAAACAGCCACGCGGAACACGGGGAAGAGCAUCGCCAACCGCAACAUCGCCAACCCCACGGCAACGCUGCUGGCGGCCUGCAUGAUGCUGGAUCACCUGCGGCUGCACAGCCACGCCUCCAGCAUCCGCCAGGCCGUGCUGGCCUCGCUGGACGACCCCCGGACGCACACCCCGGACAUCGGCGGGCAGGGCACGACCUCGGGCGCUGUGCAGAGCAUCAUCUCACACCUGAGCCACACCUGAGGGACCCAGAGCAUCACCCCAAACCUGAGAGGGACCCCAGAGCAUCACCCCACACCUGAGAGGGACCCCAGAGCAUCACCCCACACCUGAGAGACCCCAGAGCAUCAUCCCACACCUGAGACACACCCAGAGCAUCAUCCCACACCUGAGAGGGACCCCAGAGCAUCACCCCACACCUGAGAGGGACCCCAGAGCAUCAUCCCACACCUGAGAGGGACCCCAGAGCAUCACCCCACACCUGAGAGACCCCAGAGCAUCACCCCACACCUGAGAGACCCCAGAGCAUCAUCCCACACCUGAGAGAGACCCCAGA